CAAAGAACCUCGAGGAUUCCAACCUUCUUCGUUCUCCGCGACGUCCAUCGCCGCAUCAAUGAGGCAUGUCUUCGAGUUACCAUCAACCCGACGCCCCAAACUCUCCCCUCGAUGACUCCGAUUCCGACCUUGACCUCGACAUCCAGGAGCUCGAUCCCAUCACCACAUCCGCAGCUACAGGCCUCUCGUCGUCCCGGAAAGAGCGCAAGCCACAAGAAGAGCGGAGGACAGCACAUAUCCCGUUGAGGAAUCUUCGGAUGGGCGGGCUGCGAGGUCUGGGAAAGCGAAGUAGAGGCUACGGAGACCUGGGGAGAGACCGAGACGGGAAUAAUGAGGAUUUAUACGGUCUUUUGAGUGAUGAACCUGGAGUCGAUGGCGCAAAUCGAUAUUCUGCUGGAAGUUCCAAUGGAGGGGAGGAUGGCGCUCCAUUACUGGCAGCGAAUGGUCAUCGCCGGAGACCGAGUACCGAUACUUUCAACAAGUUAGGAUCACAUCUACGGCUACCAAGCUUCCUUUCUACUACUGGAUCCCAAGCACCUCCGGAUGAUGCGGAAGAGCAGGCUGAGGAACACGAUCCAUCGUCAUCAAGGACGGUGUCUGUUGGCGCCUCACAAACUGCGCGCUUCCCUCCAAAUGCCGUUUCCAAUGCGAAAUAUACCCCUGUCAGCUUUUUACCUGUAACAUUGUAUAACGAAUUCUCUUUCUUCUUCAACAUGUACUUUUUACUCGUUGCACUUUCACAAGCGAUACCCCCAUUACGGAUAGGAUACUUGUCGACUUACAUCGUCCCACUGGUCGCCGUUUUGGCCAUCACGUUAGGAAAGGAAGCAUUUGAUGACAUUGGACGAAGGAGGAGGGAUAAUGAGGCCAACUCAGAGGGAUACACGGUGUUAUGCUUCGACGGGCCUGGGGUGGGGAACGCUGAAAGGUAUCACGCAAAGAAGAAGUUAAAAUUAAAACAAAAUGCCAAAUCGAAAAGGAAGACAUUAGUCGAACCGGACCGGCUUUCGGAUAUCCAAGAAGAGGAUGCUGCUGAGAAUCGAGGGACCGGACUAGCACAAUUCCCAUCAACAUCGGUCCGAGAGGUUAUACGGAAGUCUCGGGACUUGAAAGUUGGGGAUGUCUUGAAAUUGGGAAAAGAUCAAAGAGUUCCUGCAGAUGUGGUCAUUUUGAAAAGUUACACAAACGAGUCUGCGCCAAUAGCGGAGGAGAACGAAGCUCCUAUUAAGUCUCAGUCACUUCUUGUUGAGCCCAUCUCGGAUCCUCCAGUUGACAGCACCGCCGCUACCGUUGCUGAGGGUCAUGAGUCAACAUCAAAACUUGGCAAUACACCGUCUGCAGAUGCUGGAGGUGUCGGAGAGACAUUCAUUCGUACAGAUCAACUUGAUGGUGAGACCGAUUGGAAGCUGCGAUUGGGUUCGCCUCUCACACAAUCCCUCGAACCUUCCGAAUUUGUGCGGCUCCGUGUGGUUGCUGGGAAACCAGACAAGAAGGUCAAUGAAUUUGUUGGGACUGUAGACCUCCUGCCCGUAAAUAGAGCAGGCUAUGAUCCAUAUCUACCAAGGCCACCACGGUUAAGUAAUGAGGUUAAUCCGGAGCAGCCUUCCAGCAGUACCAAUUCUGCGCCCCUGACCAUCGACAACACCGCCUGGUGCAAUACAGUGCUUGCUUCGAAUGCAACCACGCUAGCUGUUGUUGUAUACACAGGUUCCCAAACACGCUCUGCCCUUUCCACAUCACCAUCCCGUUCGAAGACAGGACUGCUAGAAUACGAAAUAAACUCCCUCACAAAGAUCCUCUGUGCUCUCACAGCCACAUUAUCCAUUGUUCUCGUCGCAUUAGAAGGAUUUGAAAAAGUUGAGGGCAAGUGGUAUGUCAAGAUGACGCGGUUCUUGGUAUUGUUCUCGACAAUCGUUCCCAUCAGUCUUCGAGUCAAUCUGGACAUGGGAAAGACCGUUUAUUCUUGGUUUAUACAACGAGAUACUGGCAUGCCAGGCGCGGUUGUGAGGACGAGCACAAUUCCUGAAGAAUUGGGACGAAUCGAAUAUCUACUAAGCGAUAAGACCGGUACCCUGACCCAGAAUGAGAUGGAAAUGAAGAAGAUUCACGUUGGAACUGUUUCGUAUGCCAACGAAGCAAUGGACGAAGUGGCUUCGUACAUCAAGCAAGGCUUCUCCGUUCCUGUAUCAACGGAUGCAAGCCAAUCGAUGCUCAUCACGCCAUCAUCCACCUUCGUUGCAUCGACCACUAUUACUGCUACAAGAACUCGUCGAGAAAUAGGCUCACGUGUUCGCGAUGUGGUCCUUGCCUUGGCUAUUUGCCACAAUGUUACUCCAACCGCUGAAGAAGAUAAUGGUCAAAUGGUGACUUCUUAUCAAGCUUCAUCCCCAGAUGAGAUCGCAAUUGUCAAAUGGACCGAAGCAGUUAACUUACGUCUCACUCAUCGGGAUCGAAAAGGAAUGACGCUUCACUCAGUAGAUACUGGCCGUCCGGUUGUUCGUGUGCACAUUCUCGAAGUCUUCCCCUUCACUUCCGAUGGCAAGAGAAUGGGUAUCAUCGUACAGUUCUUGGAUGGCUCAGAGACAGCUGGCAGCGUUAAUAUCGAGGCUGGGGAGAUCUGGUUCUACCAGAAAGGAGCGGAUACGGUCAUGGGUUCCAUCGUUGCUGCUAAUGACUGGCUCGAUGAAGAAACUGCCAACAUGGCUCGAGAGGGACUGCGAACCCUCGUCGUUGGUCGGAAACGAAUGUCUGUUCAACAGUAUCAAGAGUUCGCAGCCAGUUACAAAGAGGCAGCAGUGUCCAUCAACGGCCGAGAUGCCGGCAUGGCUCGUGUCGUGUCACAUUAUCUGGAACGCGACCUUGAGCUACUUGGAGUUACCGGUGUAGAAGACAAGCUUCAGCGAGACGUGAAACCUUCUCUCGAACUACUGCGCAAUGCUGGUAUCAAGAUCUGGAUGUUGACAGGCGACAAGGUGGAGACUGCCCGCUGUGUUGCUGUUUCUGCCAAGCUUGUCGCAAGAGGCCAAUACAUCCACACCAUCGCCAAGCUCAAGCGCAAAGACAAUGCUCAAGACCACCUCGAUUUCCUGCGGGGAAAGAAAGACUCUGCCUUGCUUAUUGACGGAGAAUCUUUGGCGCUACUUCUUACGCAUUUCCGCACCGAGUUCAUAGGAUUGGCCGUACUUCUACCUGCAGUGAUCGCUUGCCGCUGUUCUCCCACUCAAAAAGCGGAUAUCGCCAUCCUCAUCCGGGAGUUCACAAAAAAGCGCAUCUGUUGUAUCGGCGACGGUGGCAACGACGUAAGCAUGAUCCAAGCAGCAGACGUCGGCGUCGGGAUCGUCGGAAAAGAAGGACGACAAGCAUCUCUCGCCGCCGAUUUCUCCAUCACCCAAUUCUGCCACCUUACAAAACUGCUAGUCUGGCAUGGCAGAAAUAGCUACAAGCGCUCAGCAAAACUCGCCCAGUUCGUCAUCCACAGAGGCCUCAUCAUCUCCGUCUGCCAGACCAUGUACAGCAUAGCCAUCAAAUUCGAGCCCGACGGUCUGUACAAAGAUUGGCUGAUGGUCGGAUACGCCACGGUAUAUACAAUGGCGCCAGUUUUCUCCCUGGUCCUUGAUAAAGACGUCGACGAAAAUCUCGCCAACCUCUACCCAGAACUCUACAAAGAACUUACCUCCGGCUCUUCGCUCUCAUACCGCACAUUUUUCGUUUGGGUCUUCGUGUCCAUCUACCAAGGAAGCAUGAUUCAAGGCCUUAGCCAAAUCCUCACUGAAACCUCGGGCCCGAAAAUGACGGCUGUGUCGUUCACCGUCCUAGUCUUGAACGAGCUGUGCAUGGUUGCGUUUGAGAUCACGACUUGGCAUCCGGUUAUGAUUAUCUGUCUACUUGGAACGCUGUUGGUGUACUUGGGAAGCAUGCCGUUUUUGGGAGGGUACUUUGAUUUAGCGUUUAUCAUUACUUGGGGCUUCGUCUGGCGCGUUCUCGCCAUUGGAGCCAUUUCUCUGAUUCCGCCGUAUGCAGGAAAGUUGAUCAGGCGUGCGGUGAAGCCGCCUAGUUAUCGCAAGGUGCAGGCGAUAUGAUUUCUACCAUCACUCAGGUGGUUUGUAUUCAUGGCUCGGGCUCUGGGCGGUUCUCGGCAUAGCGAUUGGAGUUCUGAUUUAGAGACGCUCGUGACGGAGUUGGAUGCUAAUUAAGUGCAAUGAAUUGAAUUGACUGCUUGCUCUAGCUGGUGUGCG